UUGACCCCAGCAGCAGAUCGCUUCUGGGGUCAAAGGUAGUUACGUGUUUACAUCCGGGUCACUUUGCUCGGAGACUCCGCCGCUUCGUUUCUCUUAGGUCUUCCUGGUGUAGUUCUCUCAGCAGCCUCUAGGGGAGCAGAAGAAGAAGUGAAUCAAGAUGUCAGACGAGGAGGACUCGGCUCCGGCCUCCAAGCGGACUCGCGUCUACUACGGGAGUCUGGAGGAGAAGGAGCGGGAGCGCCUCAGCUCCGAGGGGAGGAGCGGCGAUGGCGUGAAGGCCGGGAUCAAGGCGGGAAACAUCAACAUCUCGUCAGGAGAGACCCUGGAGAUGGAGGAGCGCGUCAGCGAGAGGCAGCAGGACGCGCUCGCCGCCUUCGAGCAGCGGCGCCGCGCCCGUCAGAUCACCGUGUCCACAGACGACGCUGAGGUGAAGGCCGGCCUGCGGGCGCUGGGGGAGCCAAUCACGUUGUUCGGAGAGGGACCAGCUGACCGGCGCGAGAGACUUCGAAGCGUUUUGUCUGUCGUUGGUCCGGAUGCUCUGAAGAAAUCCAGAAGGGACGAAGACAGAGCCAAGAGAUCCCAGGACGAGUGCCAGCAGACGUGGUACCACGAAGGCUCCGCCUACCUGAAGGAUGCUCGCCUCUGGUUGGCAAAAUACUCUCUGCCAAAAGCGAUGAAGCGUCUGGAGGCUGCACGCGCUCACAAGGAAGUUGCCGAGGCAACGAGGGCGAUCCGGCAACAGGAGCAGCAGAACGGUCUGCGGAAUCUGAACAACUUCUGCAGUCAGAUCGGUGAUGAUCGGCCAAUCAGCUUCUGCCACUUCAGCCCCGACUCGAAGAUGCUCGCCACCGGCUCCUGGAGUGGCCUCUGUAAGCUGUGGUCCGUCCCCGACUGCAGCCUGAUUCGUACACUGAGAGGACACAGCUCCCACGUCGGCUCGGUCGUCUUCCGCCCGGAGGCCGGAGUCUCCAUCGACCAAUCAGACGUCAGCUUGGCCUCUUGUGCCGCCGACGGUUCUGUGAAGCUGUGGAACCUAGAGAGCGAUGAGCCGGUGGCUGACAUUGAGGGUCACAGCGACCGCGUGUCCCGGGUGUCCUGGCAUCCCUCCGGCAGGUUCCUGGGAACCACCAGCUAUGAUAACUCGUGGCGUCUGUGGGAUCUGGAGGUGCAGGAGGAGAUCCUCCAUCAGGAAGGUCACAGCAAAGGAGUCCACGACCUCCACUUCCACCCCGACGGGUCCCUGGCUGCUACUGGUGGCCUGGAUGCCUUUGGUAGGGUGUGGGACCUUCGGACCGGACGCUGCAUCGUUUUCCUGGAAGGACACCUGAGGGAGAUUUACAGCGUUCACUUCUCGCCCAACGGGCAUCACCUGGCUACAGGAAGUGGUGAUAACACCUGUAAGGUUUGGGAGCUGAGAAACAGGAAGUGUUUGUACACAGUUCCCGCCCACCAGAACCUGGUGUCGGCUGUUCGCUUCCAACCCACAGACGGUCACUUCCUGCUGACGGGAGCUUACGACAACACGGCAAAGGUGUGGAGUCACCCGGGCUGGACGCCGCUGAAGACGCUCGCCGGCCACGAGGGGAAGGUGAUGGCCGUCGACGUGUCACCUGACGGGAAGCUGAUCGCCACCAGCUCCUACGACAGAACCUUCAAGCUGUGGCUGUCUGAGUGAUGUCAUCAUGAGGAGGGUUUUGGGGUUUAUGAAACAAUAUCGUUGCCAAUGUUUGUGUGUUUCCUUUUUGUAAUAAAUAGCAGUUUGGAA